AUGAAUCCCGACGACCUAAUUGACGAGAAAGAAACUCUCGAUUAUAAAGAAAUGAUAAAGGAGCUGAAGCAAAGAGAGAGCGAAUUAAAAUAUCGCACCGAAGCGAUCGAAGGUAUGAUGAGAACGCUUACUAACGCCUUAUCCGGCCUCCACCUGCCACAACCUUCUACCUCCACGCCAAAUGAGCAACCUAAUGAAAAUCCCGCAUCACCGUUUUUGCCACCCCAAACUUCUUACGCCACUUUGAAUAUGACACCUGCGUCGUACUCUAUAAAUUCACCAUACCCGAAAUCAUAUGUCAGGGACGCUCUCGAUCUCGUGCCAAAAUAUGAUGGGCAUAACAUUCCUGUAUGGCAGUUCGCCCGCGCCUGUAAACGAGCGAGAGACUCCAUACCGUCAGUAGACGAGGCACAUUUUGUUAGACUACUCCGCAAUAAAUUAAAUCACCAUGCCUAUUUAGCAGUAGAAGAUGAAACCCACCUCACCGUUGACAAGUUCUUAGAUACACUCAAACGAACCUUCGGGCCAGGAAGAAGCUCGAAUUACUACCGCGGCCAAUUAAGCAUUGUUUAUAAAAAACCCUCGGAACAUAUACUAGAUUAUAUAGGGCGCAUUAAAGAUCUCCGGACGGCAAUAAUAGAGGGAGAUCAAACAAAUCUCAAUCGUUCUCUGACAGAACCUGAAACAUCUUCUAUAGAUUCAUUCACGCUAGAAGCUUUCUACGAAGGAUUACCCAGAGAAUAUCGCGUCGAGCUUAAGGCAGAGGGAUACCAUAAUCUCACUGACGCUUGCUCGAAGGUAAUUACCAUAAGUAAAAGGUUAGAGAGGGAAGAAGCGCGAGAAAGGAAUUCACGACCCGCGCGCAGCGACGCCGCACCUACACGCACCCUGCCUCCCACUAGAAUUCUCCAACGCGAUGAUUCAUCAACGAAUAACGCAGGUAGCCCUUAUAAUAAUCGCGAACAGAAGAUUUGCGGAUAUUGCAAAAAUUUUGGCCAUCUGGUACAUGAAUGUCGUAAGCGACAGUACCACGAGAGUACUUCCGCCAGAGGCCUCGGCCAAUGGGACGCACCGAGGUCUUGGAAAGGCUCGUCCCGUUCUUCCCUUGGACUACUCCCAAAACCCGUCUACAUCCUACGAGCCGCCAGCGGAAGCGUACCCUCCGUCGAGCUCGAAUCACCGUCCUUCUAUGGACCAACCGCUUUCAUGCUCGAUACAGGAGCACAGCCAAACAUAAUUAAACAAGGAUGCUUGCAAAGGAAAAUUGAAGUAAACAAUCAAGAAAUUUUACAACUCACAGGCAUUACGGAGGACGCCGUUAACACCUUGGGCUCAAUUCAAGUUCAAAUCUUCAACAUACUAGUAACUUUCCACGUCGUACCGGACGACUUCCCUAUCAUACAACAAGGUAUACUAGGUACCUCUUUCUUUACGGAACACAAUGCCUGUAUAGAUUACAGCAAUAGUACGGUCACUUGGCAUAACUGUGCCAUCCCAUUUAAAGAACAAGAAACGGUGGUAAUUCCACCACGAACCAAUACCGGAUUUGUUAUCCGAGUAUCAAAUCCCGAAAUUAAAACCGGCUAUCUACCCAGAUUGCAUAUUUGCGACGGAGUCUUCGCAGGAGAUUCAUUAGUGACCUGCAUAAAUAACAAGGCUUAUAUCCAUCUACACAGUUCUCAACUCCUCGAAUCCUCUGCAUCAAUUAAAUCUACAUCAUUCGAAGCUAAACAAAACAAGAUCACUAAUCGUCAAGAAUCGCUUUUUCUCACAUCCAACUACGGCAUUUCCCCUGCCCCUUCGUCUUCUAAUUCUAACUUUAAUAAUACUACCACUUCUUUUACUAAUUCUAAUACUCCUUCUAGUGCCGCGCGCACUUGCUCUCUCAUGGGAUCCUUCAGCCGUGCAGAAUGCAUGCGCCCCCAUGAGAAACCUUUUUCUAGUGCCAAAUGCACUCACUCCCAUUCGGGAUCUUCCAAUUUAACUAGUUCUCAUUUCCCCUCCCCUCUCGUGCCGUACAAACCCGAAAAAGAAAAAGUUAUGAUCAACAACAUAAAAGAAAACGAUACUGAUUACAAUAAGAAAGAAACCGUCAUUAAUAAAAUUGCAUCAGUUAAGGAGAACAUGGAGAAAGAGGAUUCAAAGAGAGUUACUUGGACUAUGGCCGAGAGGAUAUCGGCCGUUCUAAAAUUAUUAAGGCUUGAUCACCUUGUUCCAUUCGAAAAGGAAAACGUUAUUACAUUAGUUACCAAUUAUUGCGAUCGAUUCUAUAUACCUAACGAAUAUCUGGAUAAAACGCAAUUGCUAACACAUAAAAUUAUAACUACCGACGAUGCACCGGUGCAUACUAAACAAUACAGAUUUCCACCGAUACAUCGCACCGAAAUAACGCAACAAGUUAAUCAGCUUAUAGAUAGAGACGUUAUUAUACCCUCAACUUCCCCUUAUAAUUCGCCUAUUUGGAUAGUGCCAAAGAAGCCAGAUUCAUCAGGCAACAAACGAUGGCGAAUGGUGAUAGACUAUCGUAAGCUCAAUGAAAAAACAAUUGGGGACGCGUACCCCCUCCCUAACAUUUGUGAUAUUCUCGAUCAAUUAGGCGGUUCCAAGUACUUCUCCGUAUUAGAUCUUGCUAGCGGGUUCCACCAAAUUCCAAUGGACCCCAUGGAUGCACAUAAGACUGCAUUUUCCACUCCUCACGGGCAUUAUCAAUUCGCACGCAUGCCGUUCGGAUUGAAAAACGCUCCCGCCACGUUCCAACGAUUAAUGGAUCAGGUUCUGAGCGGGCUACAAGGAAUUGAAUUGUUCGUUUAUAUGGAUGACAUAGUAAUAUACGCGAGUUCAUUAAGAGAGCACGAUAUAAAAAUAGAUAAACUGAUGUCGCGGUUACGAUCUGCUAAUUUGACCUUACAACCGGAUAAAUGCGAAUUCCUUCGGCGUGAAGUGUCAUAUCUAGGGCAUAUAAUUGGAGAAGACGGGGUCCGUCCUGACCCACAGAAGAUAUCAGCCGUCGAAAAGUUCCCAGCGCCUCGCAACAUUAAAAAUAUCCGUCAGUUUCUCGGUCUAGCCGGCUAUUACCGCCGAUUCAUACCGCAAUUUUCUAGUAUUGCUUCUCCAUUAUCUAACUUGCUAAAAAAGGAUGUUCAAUUCAUUUGGAAUGAUAAAACACAGCACGCGUUUGACACACUUCGCAAACUAUUAUGUAACGAGCCGAUACUACAAUUUCCGGAUUUUGAACGCGAGUUUAUACUUACCACUGAUGCCUCCAACUUGGCAAUUGGCGGUGUAUUGAGUCAAGGGGAAAUAAACCAUGAUCUACCAAUCGCUUACGCGUCUCGAGUACUAAAUUCAGCCGAGAAAAAUUAUUCAACUAUCGAAAAAGAAUUGUUAGCCAUCACAUACUGCGUUAAUCAUUUUCGACCUUAUCUUUACGGACGUACGUUUACAUUAAUCACCGAUCACCAACCAUUGACGUGGCUACACCGUGUAAAAGACCCGACGUCUCGCCUUAUGCGUUGGCGUUUAAAACUCGAAGAAUUCGAUUAUAAAAUUGUGUAUAAGAAGGGAAUUAGUAAUAGUAACGCUGACGCUCUGUCUAGAAACCCCGUAGCAAUUAAUCUGAUUCAUUACUCAAUAAUGCCUAUCCGAAAAAAACCCCGCCUUGAUUCCGCCAUCCUCUCAUCAUCCGAAUCUGACGACACCUCUGAAUCCGAUGAUGAGCGAUCCAGGAAACAGCCUGCUGGGGCAAGGGUUGACGUCAGAGACAUGACAACGCCCGUGGCACCUACAUCCUGCGGAAAUUCUGAGGAUUCUCCUAUACCAAAGCUCAUAAUCCGCCUCCGCAGGAACGAGUCUCCGGUAGUUUUACCCGCCCCCACCGAACCAAUCAGUUCGCAAUACGAGUUAAGGACCGGGCGAAAAACUAAUUUUGAGGAAUUCUUCCAUGAAGAAGAAAGCGAUAGAGAUUCGCUACCUGACCUGGAGUCUCCAGCAGACUCUCCUGCCAAAUCUCCCAACACUUCUAAUAACGAAACCCCCGACCAACUUCUAGAUUCCACGCCGACAAUUUCGCCAGACAUCUCAUUAUCUAGUAAUUGUAAAAUACAAGAAAGUCCCCUACCUUUAUUAAGUAGAACUGAUAACCUCAUCAUAUUAAUUACUGGUAACGGUCACCCCCUGUGCGACGGAGCGCAGGAACUACUCCAAGCCAACAACCUGCCUCCCCCUGAUGAUCUUGCUCUCGGAAGAGCCCGUGUUCACUUUUCAUGGCACCGCGACCGCCAUGUCAUCAUGUUACCAGUAAAGGAAAGACGAACGACGCCCCUAGACGAACAAAUACUUGAUGAAUGCCUCACUUCAUUAUUAGAUGUAGUUUCAGAACUAGACUUACGCACCCUUAGCAUACGGCUAACCGCUCAAUUGGAUUCAGUUUCAUGGUCAACUAUGGUCCAAAAGUUACAAUCAACAAUGAUAGAUCGACCUAUAACUAUCACUAUUUGCAAAGGAAUUACUUCCAUCCCACUGGAAAAAGAUAGAAUUAAAAUAAUUAACGAACACCACGAGUCUGCUGUCGGCGGACACAAGGGCGUUACCAAGACAUAUCGGCUCAUUAAAAAACGAUACAGUUGGCCUAAUAUGAAAACACAAAUUCAAGAUGUGAUUAGACGGUGCCACACUUGUCAGUUGCGGAAACUUGUUAGAAAGAAAACAAGACAGCCCAUGAUCUUGACCGAUACGCCAGAUCACGCAUUCGAUAAAAUUGCGUUAGAUAUCGUCGGGCCCCUUAAAACUACAAACGACGGUAACACAUACAUUCUCACUAUGCAAGAUUUGCUAACAAAAUACUCGGUCUACGCGCCGCUAUCUAAUAUUAGCGCCGAAUCAACUGCGACUGCAUUCGUCAAUUAUUUUAUAUGUCGAUUUGGUUGUCCACGUAGCAUCCUCACGGACCAAGGGCGGAAUUUCAUGAGUCAAUUAAUGAAGAGUAUCACAAAAAAAUUUCGCAUUCAGCAACUUCGCACUACAGCUUACUACCCGCAGUCUAACGGAUCACUUGAAAGAUCACAUAUGGUCCUAAUGGAAUACCUAAGAUGUUUCGUGCGUAAAGAGAACGAUUGGGAUAAAUUUAUCGAAAGAGCAAGCUUUUCUUACAAUACUUCCGUUCAUGAGGGUACCGGGUUUACGCCUCACGAACUAAUCUUCGGUUCACCCGCACGAAUUCCAUCUGAAUUCAACUCCGACCCUGAACCAGAAACCUAUGGAAAUCGACUAAUGAAGGUAUUUUCUGAGAUACGAGACCUCCAGCGCAACGCUAAGGAAAAUCUAGAUAAGGCUAAACAAAAAUCGAAAACUUAUUACGACAAACGCGUCAACGCAAUAAUUAUUAAUCCUGGGGAUAGCGUCUUCCUAAUUAAUAAUCUCAAAACUAAUAAAUUCGUCACUGAAUACUUAGGGCCAUACAAAGUAGUCGAAGUGAUGGAUCACGAAAAUGUUAGGCUCGAAAUAAACGGGACUACCCGCGUAGUGCACACUAAUAAGUUAAAAAGGGCUUACCCCCGCAAUGCGGGAUGACCCUACACCCCCCCCCCAUUUUUCCUUUGC